AACAUCAUGUAAACGUAACAAAAUGCGUAGCAGCAGUCACGCUUUUCUUAGUGUACAGGAUUGCAAGAGUUCAUACUAGUUCAAAUGAAUUAAAGUAAGUUGCAGGUGAUUCUGUUUCGCGUUUUGCAAGAUGAUUAGACAGAAUUUGUUUUUGUAAAUAUAUUUUAAAUGUAUUUUUGCUGUGUACUAGUGGAAGUGAAAAGUGUGGCUAAGUGGACAGGUGGGAAAAGUGAAGCAGGAGGCACACUCCAGAAAGUUUACAGUAAACAUCUAAUUCAGCGCUCAAGAGCCCUCAUCAACGCUCAAGGCACAUGGCACAGACACACCGUCACCCUCUCCACCCUUUGCCAUGAAACCAAAGAUCCAGUAGAGUUGUGCUCACCAGUGGCUAAAAGUGUGAGCUGCCUGUUGGUUUUUUUUUUAACUCAACACAGCACACUGCAAUAGUAACUUUUGUGAUUUCUACAAUGAAGAAACGUCUCAUCCAAGUAUUUGGCUUCUUGAUCUCAACAUUGGGAUGGACGUUUGUGCUGUGCACCAUGGCAAUGGACUACUGGAGGAUCACCCAGCUGGGAGGACAAGGAGGAUCCUUCAUCAUCAAGGUGGCCUGGUACUGGUCCAACCUUUGGAAGGACUGUUUCACUGAUUCCACAGCUGUCACCAACUGCAGAGACUUCCCAGUACUCUGGAGUGUCACCCCUUACGUCCAGGGAGUGAGGGGAUUGCUGAUGUGCGGGUUAACGCUUGGAUUUUUCGCUGCAAUACUUUGCUUUCUUGGGAUGGAGUGUACAUAUAUUGGUGGAGCAGAUAAAACCAAGGACAAAAUGCUCCUUAGUGGAGCAGCGUUUCAUUUUGCUGGUGGCGUGUCAGAUAUUGCUGCCUACUGCUUAUACAUCAACAGGAUUGCCAGAACCUCCUUUGCUCCCAGUGUACCAGCAGGAGUUUUACGGUAUGAUUUAGGACCUCCCAUAUUUCUAGGAUUGGUUGGAAGCUUUUUCAUCCUGUUGGGGGCUGUGUUUUAUGCUGUUACAGUCUGCAACGUAAUCUGCCCUGAAAGCAAAGUGGUGGAAGUCUAUGGAGGACGCACAUACAUGGCCCCUUUCUCCAGAGGAAGAACCCUGUACGCUGGAUACUACGGACGCUCCGGGCAGUAUGGAACUUAUUACGGCUCGGGACGAUCCAGCAACUCCAAGAUCUCCAGGCUCUCUCAGACAACGCCAACAAAAACAUCUGAAAGAGAUGCAUUUGUGUAGUCGCUCAAACCUCCCUUUUGCAAUGGAUUUAGCAUCUCCAAAACUAAUCAUAUCUCAGCUUGGUUUUUUUGUUUUGUGAUUUUUUUUGUAAAUAUCCCAUAUAAAAUGUAAUGUCUUGUGUUUACUCUUCAUAUGUUAAUUUUGCUCUGAUUUAACCAAAGCAUGUAUUAUAGUUAGAAUGUCACUGAAAUCUUUCUGAUGAUGACUUACUAGUUGAUAUAUAAUUAUUAAAGCUUUGUACCUUUCAAUGAUA